AUGCACACCGACAUCCGGGCCAGAGAGCUGCAUCAUCCCAUCCAGCCGGAAGAUGAGUGGAAGCUCGAGCAAGGCCUCGCGGCUGCCGAGCUGCCCCUUCGCGAUCAGACUCUCCCCGAAGGUCAAUUAGUCGAAGAGAUAGCACUCGACCAAGAAGUAAUCAAGGAGGUCGAGGACGCUCGCGCGUACCUCGAAAAAGAAAACAUUGAUCCCAAUGUGGCAUUCGCUGAAGAACGCGCAGGAUGGCACGGUUACAUCGAAUGGGAACAGUAUCCGGAGAAGAAGGCCCUUGCGCACAAGAUUAUGAUCACCAACAAAUUCCCGCCUCCACCAGAGUUCCAGCUGGGUCCUAUUCCUGACACAAACCCUGUUCUGGAGGGCGUCCGCUGGAAACAGUGGCACAAGGCCAUUGGAGGCCCUCUGACGGCAGUCCCUGAAGAAUCCUGGCUUCGCGUCAUUCAGGAGAAGCACCCUGAAAUGCUUCACCUCCUGCAGUUCCCCUACAACGGAGAACCCCCAAAGCGAUUGGUCACCGCCAAACCCGUCACCCCGAAUCCUCUGCAUUUCAUUAGAAACCACGGAGGUAUUCCUGAUAUCGAUGCGGAUGCGUGGGAACUCAAACUCGACGGCAUGGUCAAACAUCCCCGUACUUUCACGCUGAAAGACCUGCAGAACGAGGAGAUCUUUCCACGCAUGGAGAAAUUGGUAACGAUCCAGUGCUCCGGUACGCGUCGUAUCGAGCAGAUUCAAAUGUACGCAGGUGAAGGUGACGAGAUGAUUAAUGCACCCUGGGCCGAAGGCGCUAUCGGCACAGCUCGCUACGUCGGCGUGUCGCUCAAGAAGGUCAUCAAGCAGUGCGGCGGCAUGGCCGAGGGCGGUAAACACUUGGAAUUCCACGGAGCGGACACCUACUUCAAGCAGAACGAGGUUAUGAACUACUUGGUCAGUGUGCCAUGGUCCAAGGUCAAGGCCAACGAGGUUAUGUUGGCAUGGGAGAUGAACGGUGAACCCCUGCCCAAGAUCCAUGGUUAUCCUGUGCGCAUGGUAGUCAUGGGCUACAUCGGAGCCCGUUCGGUGAAAUGGGUGUACCGCAUCCGCGCUCUUCCUCACCCAACCCGGGCUCCCGUGCAGAGCAAGGAGUACCUGUACUUCAACCAGCAGGUGGGCAAGCACAACCAGCUCCCGGUACUGGGAAUCCAGAUCCAGGAAAUGCCCGUCUCCAGCGCCAUCAUGUCACCAUGGGCUAAGCAAGUGGUGGUGCACGAGGGCAAGAUCGCCUGCAAGGGCUGGGCUUACUCCGGCGGCGGUCGCUGGCCUGAACGAGUCGAGCUCUCCGCCGACGGCGGCUUCUCGUGGUACUCGGUACCCAACGAGAACCUCUCGACCAAACACAAAUGGGCGUGGCGCACCUGGGAGUACGACCUGCCCUGCGACGUCGAGGGGUGGAUCGAAGUUGUGGUGCGCUGCUGGGAUAACAGUCUCAAUACGCAGCCUCUCGAGGUGCGCAACUCAUGGAAUUGGGGGCUGCAUGUGACGUCGUCGUGCCACCGGGUCAAGAUCUACAGCGUCAACAAGAGCCGCGAGCAGACGAGGAAGAGGAUCGAGGAUUUCGCCAAGAGAGGCGAGUCGCUGGUGCCCAUUACGCGGCCGACCGAGUUCCAGACUAUGACUCCGGAUGAGUACGACGACUGGUGGUCGAAACACGAUCCUCGAGAUGUGGAUGAAUGA